UUUCGUUUUCCUCCCAUCAGCAUGGAUCGUGAUUAUAGUGCUUUUGCUCUCGUCUUGAACCUGUAAACAAAUGUUGAGCACAGAUAACGUGUAUACUCAUUGUCUUUGCGGUUAUGUAACUGAAAUGACAGAAUAUAUUUUGACUUCCGUUGCAAUGUAAACAGUUGACACUGAGGAAGACAGACGUAGCUUGUAAGGAAGGAAGAUGAGCAGUCUCGCAAACGGUGGAAGGAGGAAAAGUAACUCGGAGUCAAGCUCAAUGGAUGUCGAGGACGAGCAAAUUAUUGAUAAAAUGGUUAGAUUUAAUAUAAGCGACAAUUUAACAGACGAAUCUGACGGUGGAAGUUUUGUUAAUGGGGUGAAAAGGAGGACGGCGAAUCCAAGAAUAACAAGGACAAGCCAAGAUGUGGAAAAAGGGAGAAUGUACAAAGGGUAUCGACGUACAAAGUCCUUGUAUGGUGUAAUGCCAAACUGCAAGUUUGGACCAUGUGGUUCUAUUUUGGAUGAUUCCGCAACCUCUCUGUCACAUGACAACUGUUAUCAACCACAGAGGAGUACAGAGAAAGAAAAAAACAACUCUCCAUCAAUAAUUCUCCCUCAAUUUCCAGAUGGAUGCCAUAAUUACCACAGAAUGAAUUACUGUGUGGAAAAAGUUGUCCUUGUGGUCUGUAGCCUUUUCACCUUGGUAUCUUUAGUCAAUUCGCUAGAAUAUAAUCUUGAUAUUAACACUAACGAUGUCCGGAAUGAUCUGAAACAUUUCUGGAGGAGUACAGGCUUUUGCCCACCCUUGCCUCAUAAGGAUGCUUACAAGUUUGAUUUCAGCAAGGAUAUGCAGCUUAACUUGGCUCUGAUUGGCUCACUUCCUCAUGAUGGAAUCCAACAGGUGAGAAUUCAUUGGUUAUUGGAACUUGUAACAGUAAAGCAAAGCAAUGGCAAUGUGACGUAUGAUUUUACAGAACUGGAUAAUCUCAUUGGCUUGCUCUGGAGCUAUGGUUUAAAGCCAGGAUUUGAACUAAUGGGAAACCCAUCAGGAUUUUUCAAGGACUUUGAUAACUCAACACAGGUGUACUUAUGGAAAGAUAUGGUGACCCAGUUAGCAUUGAACUACAUAGAUCAGUUUGGCCUCAGCGAGGUUAUGGAUUGGAACUUUGAGACUUGGAACGAGCCAGAUUGUCAUGAUUUUGACGACAUUAAGUUUUCUGUGCAGGGCUUUCUUAAUUACUAUGAUGCUUGUUCGGAGGGUUUGUUAGCUGCUAGUUCCCUCCUGAGAUUUGGGGGCCCAGGAGAUGGGUGUGACAGACCAGGAAACACCAAGUUCUCUGAUGCCCUUCUCAAUCACAUCGUCAAUGGAACUAACUUUUUUACUGGCAAACAAGGCAAUAGAAUAGACUUUUUAUCAUAUCAUAGGAAGGGAGAUGGUUCCUCAGCCAAAAUAUACCAGGGUGAACUUCAAACAACAUCAGAUAUUUCUAAAAAGUAUCCAACUCUCUCAAAGACCCCUUUCUAUAAUGACGAAGCAGAUCCAAUGGUUGGUUGGAGCAAAAAUUUGCUAUGGCGAGCAGAUUCAACUUAUGCUGCCAUGGUUGCUAAAGUUAUCACCCAACACCAAAACAUGAUACUGGCUAAGCAGCCACUGCUUAUAAAUUACACUUUGUUAAGUAAUGACAAUGCCUUUUUAAGCUAUGUCCCACAUCAAUUUACUCAAAGAACAUUAACAGCCAGAUUUCAGAUGAACAAUACCAAUACCCCAUAUGUUCAGUUGGUUUUGAAGCCAGUUUUUAUGGUGAUGGGUGCCUUGUCACUCUUAGGUGACAAACAGCUUCACACAAACUUGACCGUUCCAGACAAACUUGGCACUGUUGUGGUUGGAAAUGAUAGUACUGUGGGUGUUCUAGCAAGUCUUCAUGUACCAUACAAAGGUAUUCCUACUUCAGAUGCUUGGCAGGUCACCAUUCUUAUAUACAGCAGCAAUGACACCUCGCUCUCUACCAGGGCAGAUUCUAUCACUGUGAGUCUGAACUUAAAUGGCUCUGGUGACUUUGCAAUUGUCGAAUAUUACAUAAACAACAUGGUUUCCAAUCCCUAUGGUGUUUGGGUUAAACAAGGAAAACCUUCCUUUCCUUCUGUUCAACAAUUCAGGGAAAUGCGUUUCCAGGAAGGAUUGAUGUCUUCAAAAGUGCAAUAUUUUAGAAGCAAGAAAAAUGCCCAUGUUUUCAAAAACCCUUAUUCACAACUUGUGCAACCUGGAGUGAUCCUAAUCCAUGUAUGUGCCAAGUCCAAGCUUCCUCCAGAUCAAGUGACGGAGGUGGUGGUUCACAACAUCACAUCCGGACAGGUUCUCUUGACUUGGUCGGAUAAUUGCGUGAACACUAAGUGUAUUCUGUACUACGACGUGGAGUUUUCUAACAAGACAGAGAGUGGACCUUAUGCGAAGAUCAAUAACAAUAGCACCUCCAUAAUUACCUCUUAUAAUUUUGUGCCUAAUGUGAAAGUUCUAAGUGAUGCCAUGGUGACAGGGUUUUACCGUAUUCGAGCUGUGGACUAUUUUCAGAGACCUGGAGCCUACUCUCUCCCUGUCCAGUACCCUAAUACACUGUAAAGAAUAUCAUUGGAAUGAAAUAAAAAAAAUAAAUAAAAGAUAGAGUUAAUUUGAAUCUCCCAAUUAAGUUUUAAAAAAAGAAUAGAGGCAUUUUUUUCUUGCCCCACUCAUUUCUGCAUUUUGCUAAAAAACUAUUUGAUGAAUUGAAAUUUUCAAAACUUAAUUGAUAUCAUUUAGAUCUUGUGGUUGUAAGUAUUAUGCAGUUAUUUAAUUAAUGAAAACAUAUAUCUGAAGAUGUAAGAUCCAUAAAAGUGAGGGUGAUACCCUGUAGUCCUAACCUCGGUCAAGAAAUCUUAAAUACAUGUACAUAAAUUUUAAUCACUUGAUCAAAUGAAACUUGAGAUGUAUGACAUGGACAAAUGAUAACGUUAAUGAUAAAGUUCAUGAUAUGGUUCGUGAUAAAGAGCUUGUCAGCUGAAUAAGAACAGGCAUUGUUAUGUAUUCAUACAUUGAGUAUAUUUACACUAGUCUAGAACAUGAAAUGGAAAGUUCAAAAACUAAAUGAAAAUAAAAAAGUUCCCAUCAUAAAACUUAGUUUGUAGAAACAAUAUUUUGUAUUCAGUGAUAAGACUUUUAUUCAUUCAACAUUGAAGUAAAAGACAAGAUCUAUAGUCAGGUUUGAGAUCAUUUUGGCAUGAAGGCUUAAUUACAGCUAUAAAGCUUUGAUCGGGCAGUUUUUCUUUGAGUUAUUUAAACUGGACAGGUGAAAAAUACUUAAUUUUACAGGUAUGUGUUUUUGAAAGAUCUAAUUUUCAUAACAAUUUUCUGAUAAAACCCAAAAAAAAAUUAAACCAAACACCAUCUAUUGAAUUCAUUGAUUCCAAGAAAUGUAUACCAGUGCGCAUUUCUUCUGUGAAAAUUAUUUUCUUGUACCUCACAUGGUAAAUGUCGAACAUUGAUUGAAAGAAACUUGUAAUAGGUUAGUGUUGAACAUGGACACAGGAGAGUACAGGUGGCGAUGACAACAAGUUGCGCUCAAAUUUUCUAUUUCUGACAUUGGAAACAGCAUUUUCACUAGUUUUUUCCUAAAACGAAGAUAUUAAGUAGUGUCUUGUAAAGGAAACAAUGGAGACAGGGGCUUACUGUGUCAUGAGCUCUCUGGAGAUUUUCUUCUCCUUUGAUCUCUAUUGUAUAUACCAGGAAGUCAUGAUUCAGUGUAUGGAUCUCAAGAUUUUCAUUUGAGGUUUGAUGAUUUUGAUUUUCAGUUCAAGGAGGGUACAGUGACUUAAAUUGUUAUUGAACUAUUUUUGAUUGGUUUUAUGUUCAUAGAAUGGAUGUAAUGCUCUUGGGCAAAUCUAUUGGUUUUUGGAUUUAGACUCUUGAUUUUUAUUCUGUUUGCUCAGAAAUUCAAUAAUGAAAUUGGGAACAUUUACCUGCUAAUUGUGUUCAGACAAAUUAUGGGGGAUAUUUAUUGUUUCAUACAUAAGUAACAACCAAUUAUGUAAAUAAAGCUUUAAUGAAUUGACCAUUUAGGUAGUCAAUUUUGACUGUUGAUUCGUACUGUAUAGAUACCAGAUGAUAGUUUUCUCAGGAGAAUUAAUGUGAACUGGUCAAGCAUUUAAAAGUCAUCAACGAGCACCUUGCUUUUUCAUUUACUUGUAAUCUCUUUAAAUUGGAUUGGAAAAGUUAUAUACACUGUACCUUGGCAUGAAGCUUCUGUGCUACGUGUCACUUGAAGAAAUUUUGCAAUAUUACCAUGAAAGGGAUAAUAACCGUGGAGGUUCUAUAUAGUUCCUAUAUGUAGUUAUGAAAAUGCAUGGGGAAAAUGUUCCGUAAAAAGAUCAGCCUAUACCCAGGGAAAUGUACUCAACUGCUCCCGGAGAAAUUGAUGACAGGUCACAAGGCGAGGAUGAUAGUAGAGAAGACAUGCAGUGCUAUCACAAAUACAGCACUGCCA